GCCUAGUUCAUAGUAGGGCCUAUGGUGCCUACAAGGAUGGCGGGAGGAUUCUUCCCAAGUGUAGGAAAGCGCUGGGCAAUCGUAUUAGGUUUUUUUUGCUUUACAAGUUGUUUAAUUUGCCGGCGUAAGAACUUGCUGCGGCAUAUAAAAGCACUAUGCAUGCCCUCUCUGCCGAUGGAAAUGAAAUGAACUGCGGUACUGAGAUACCUGAAGCCUGACUAAAGACCGACCACUUAGUGGCUUCACAUCUGACAAGAUGGCUCUCCACCAGUUUGACUACAUCUUUGCCCUCGGUACUAUUUUUGCAUUUCUCGAUGCCUGGAAUAUUGGUGCCAACGAUGUUGCCAAUUCCUGGGCUACCUCGGUCUCAUCGCGCUCCUUGAAGUACUGGCAGGCCAUGAUACUCGCAUCAAUCAUGGAACUUUCUGGCAGUAUCGGUGUGGGCGCCCGCGUUGCAGAAACUAUCCGAACGAAGGUCGUCGACGUCAAACUCUUUGCCGAAGAUCCAUCGAUGCUUAUGCUGGGCAUGUUAUGUGCAGUAAUAGGCUCUUCAAUCUAUCUUACAAUCGCUACAAAGUUUGGUAUGCCGGUUUCCACCACUCACUCCAUCAUGGGUGGUGUUAUUGGAAUGGGUAUUGCAUCGGUCGGUGCAGACGGCGUUAAGUGGUGGGGGGGUAAUAUAAACUCAGGCGUGGUCCAGGUGUUCCUGGCAUGGAUUAUCGCUCCUUUUAUGUCGGGUGCCUUCGGUGCUAUCAUUUUCCUAAUCACUAAGUAUGGUGUCAUGCUACGGAGCAACUCAAUCCGGAAUGCGUUCAUUGCUAUUCCCAUCUACUUUGGCAUUACUUCUGCUCUUCUUACUAUGCUUAUUGUUUGGAAGGGUGGCUCGAGUAGGAUUACCCUCACUAAUGCAGAGACCGUUGGUGUGAUUAUCGGGGUUGGCGCUGCCGUGGCCUUGGUUGCUACCAUUUUUUUCCUUCCCUGGUUGUACCGGAGGUUGCUGAAGGAAGAUUGGCAACUCCAAUGGUAUCAUCUCUUCCUUGGUCCUCUUGUCCUACGUCGCGGAGAGGUCCCGCCUCCACCGGACGGGUACUCGACCGUGCAAGACUACUACAGCGGCCAUAAGACUAUGGAACAGCUUCAGGCAGAGCGCGCGGCGACUCAAGAACACCGCCCUUCAGACUUGGAAAUCGAAGGGGAGCUAGUGAAAGAGAGCCAAAACACAUCGUCUGAGGCUCUGAAGUCAGACGCACCAAGUGAUGCACCUUCCGUGGUGCGGAAGCCAGAGUUCUCCUUCAUUGGCCCUCGACCGGAAGGGAAAGGAGCAUUGCACCCAGUCAUGCUGUUCUGGCAGUUCAGGCGCUUCUUCUUCCGCGGCAUCGAGCAAGAUGUUGUCAGCUUACAGAAGAAAAGGAGUCUACUUACCGGUGAUAUCGAAAUGACCCAUGCUCACGCGGUACACUAUGAUAAUAAGACCGAGUACAUGUAUUCAUUUCUACAGGUCCUGACGGCCUCCACUGCUUCGUUUACCCAUGGAGCUAACGAUGUGUCCAAUGCUGUCGGUCCCUAUGCCACAAUAUAUGAUAUUUGGCAAUCUGGGAAACUCAAUACGAAGAGUCCUGUCCCUUAUUGGAUUCUGGUGUUCGGAGGUGGCGCUAUCGCUAUUGGUAUUUGGACCUACGGUUACAACAUUAUGCGCAAUCUCGGUAACAGAAUCACGCUUCACUCCCCUUCUCGAGGCUUCUCCAUGGAGCUUGGCUCUGCCGUCACUGUCAUCCUUGCCACUAGGCUCAAGCUUCCAGUUUCCACAACCCAAUGUAUCUCCGGCGCAACUGUCGGUGUCGGUCUCUGCAGCGGAACCUGGCGCACCAUCAACUGGCGUAUGAUCCUGUGGAUCUACUUCGGCUGGAUCAUUACAUUGCCUGUGACUGGUAUUAUUUCCGGCUGUCUUAUGGGCAUCAUCAUCAAUGCCCCUAGAUGGGGCCUGGGUGUCUAGACCACGCUUUUGCCUAUGGCCAAGCGGAGAGUAUUGUGGUGGUA